AUGUAUCAUGGAACUCACAAAGUCACCACAAGAUAUCUACCCCACCGGCAAGAGGCACUAGAGGUACUAUGCUGCACUCUGCUGCGAAAAGAAGAAUACGAUAACUAUGCUUUCGAUGUAGGUCUUUGCAUAGGCUGUUGGAUUCACCGGGAAUAUCCACGUGACGACAGAUACUGGAUGAUGCAAUGGUCACAAAAACCCUACGUUGGCGCGGUACUAUCCGAGUGGCAUGAAGUCGGUCGAAUCCACAAAGGCAAUAGGCUCUUUACAACCAAGGAUGGCUAUAUCGGCACGAUGCCAGAUGAUGUACCACCGGGAGAUGUGGUCUGUGUCCUUGCAGGCUCUGAAGAGCUUGCGGUUCUCCGCCCCGAGGAUGAUCACUACCUUUUUGUUGGGCGUUGCUUUAUGAUAGGUCUGAUGAAUGGUGAGGUCUCGGAAUUGCUGGCUUCAGGAAGAGCCAAAAUUGAGAAUAUCGAGAUCCGGUGA